UUCAGACUUGGGUCCACUUGUGUCUUAAAUGUUGUGUCUCUGUGUUUCAGUCAUGGCGUUUCCUCGGACGUCCUCCAUCGUGCUGUGGUUCUCACUCAUCCUCUUUGUUUAUUGGACGACCUCGGCUGCUGAGUCACAUGACCCUUCACCUGCUGACCUCUCAGCCCUUCGCAGGCUCAAAAGAGAGCUGGAUUCAACUACAAAAGAACAGGUCCAGACUGGGUUCCAGGUGGGCGUAAACUUCCUGGUAACAGUCACACAGGUGACAGACAAAAUUAAACCUAAGCAGCUGGAGUCGGUGUUCAAGGCCCUGGAAGACUUUGCCAGUUUGGCGCCUGGUAUUGGAAGUCUGAUCCUCUCAAUUGUCAGCAUGGUUUUGGCCAUCAUCCCUCAGGAUGACCAGCUGAGGAACGGCUUCAGCGAGGUCAACCGGAGGCUGGACUCUCUGGCCUUCCAGAUAUCCGACGUGUCUACAGACGUGGAGUGGUUCAACUUCGUCAGCGUCUACUCUCGAGAUGAGACUCACAUCCUGAACGCCUGGAGGAAGUUAGAUGAGCUUCAGCAGAACCUCAGGGAUACGACGGACGACGAGCGGAAGCUGAGGCUGGCGAAGAUCUUCACCAACUUCUAUGAGCAUUCAGGGACUGAGAGCAGCGUGGCCAACAUCUACCAUUUCCUGACGGUCAGCGGCACAUCUCUGACCAGGAACAUCAACAACCUGUUGAGGGACAAGUUCAAAUGCAGCAUCAGUGAGAUAGGCCGCUUUAACCUGUACCUGAGCAGUCUGCUGUGGAAGGGCAUGGUCCUCAACCAGCUCUACUGGAAACUCAUUGGAUUCAGCUCAUCACGUCAACAGCACGAACAUAACCGCAUGUUCAAGAACGUCUUCAAAGCUCAGACCGAUACUUUGCAUCUCUGUCUGGACAACUUUGAGCAGUACGUGGUUAAAGACGUGGAGGUGGUCAGCAAAAGAUUCACCAAAGACCAAAAAGAGGACAUCGCUGCCAACGUCCAAAAGACCCUGGAUGAGAAGUACUUCUGGUACAAGUGGGCAGUGGUGGUGUAUGAUAAGUACUAUGAGGACUACUACAAACUGGUCCAUAUGGAGCGUGUACCUGUGGGGGACCUGGUGGUGGCGGUGGGAUACACCAAUAAGGAAACGCACCCAUACCAAGAGCAAGUUGCGUCUAUCGCUCAGUCAUGCUUUGAUAAUAUCCAGUGUUCGGACCUUGACAAGAAGUCCCAGGACUGUUCCUAUGGGGUGUUCACUACAGAGUACACAGAACAGGGCUUCGAUUUAGCUUUCUCCUUAGCAGACUUGAAAAGCUUGUCAGAAUUGGCCAAAGUUUUGCAUUAUUUCUAUUAUUAUGAUCCAGUGAUGUCACCACUGCCUCAUUUCAAACAGGUGGAGUGCAUCCUUGAUGGUUAUGGGUACAAAGUGAGCGUCUACCUCUCUGCACGGCUGCCGGUUUGUUCCUCACCUGACACCUGUCUGAACGGAGGCGUGUGCAGGCGGCUGCUGGACUCCAAUGAACACCUAUGUGACUGUCCUGACGGUUACUAUGGAAACAGAUGUGAAAACAGCACCAGCAGCUACCAGGGUGUUGACAUCGGUUCCCUGGUGCCGGACAUAACCACCCUCAACACCAAACUGGACCAGGUCCUGAGGACACGUGGAAGCACUGUCAGUGGGAACGUUAGCGUUGGCAGUGGAGGCUACAUUUCUGCCGUCGCCGCUGCUCCAAACCUCUGUUGCAGUAGAUCCGCCAGCGUCCGUCCUCCCACCGAUGUGGACAAGUUCUGGGUGCAGACCCUGGACACCUGUCUGCUGGACUACCUGUCCACCGUGCGCUCCCUAGAGGACGCCAACGCCGAGCUGGAGCUGAAGAUCAGGCAGUGGGUGGAGAGCAGCGGAGACUCUGCCUCCAGAGACUACAGCACCUGCUUCCAAACCAUGUCCAUCAUCAGGUCCAAGAUCCAGACCGUCAUCCAGGUGUACAGAUCCAUGGGCGACGCCCACAUGGCUGAUGAACACCUGAAGAACAAGUGA